AUGGUUGGUACUAGUCCUAAAUUAUAUUUAACAAAUUUCUUAGAAAGAACUACAAAUACAGAAAUCUAAAAAGUUUUUUAAGUCCAUACUCAAAAGCUAAAAAUAAAUUAUGGAUUUGUUGGACUUCCUUAAUAUUACAUAUACACUUCUUAAUACAAACGAGACCCAAAAUGCGGUUCAUAAUAAAUAUUUUAAACCUUAGGUGAUACAUAUGAUACGUGUAAAUUAUGCCAAGGAACUUAUUUUUCCACUAUAGAUAAUGCCUAAAUAAAGAUCCUAUAAUAAAACGAAAGAAUAAUUUACAAUAGUGAAAUCUCUCUCUACACAAUCAAAAACGCAAACAUUUAAAUCCCCAAAAUAAUCGUAAAAGCCUUCCAAACACUCUGGAAUUGUAACAAUCCAGAUAACAAUAUUCCAUUAACCGGUAGUUUUGAUUUUAUUACAGAAGAAAAACUACUUGAAACUAGCAUUUAUGGUUUUAAAAAAUUGUGCGAAGGUUGUUAACAAGAAGGAUGUCUUUAAUGUUCUGCUGAAGACUAAAAUAUAUGCUAUCAAUGCCAAUAAGGAUUUUACAAAUAAGGAGAUAAUUGCAUUAAAUGUAAAUCUGAUAAUUGCUCUUAAUGUGAAAUAGAUACAACAAGCGGUGAAGAAAUAUGUAAUGUAUGCGAACCAAAUUUCGUAUUUUUGGAAAAUAAAUGUGUAGAUGAUUGUCCUCCAAAUUACAAGAAAACAUCUAAGGCAUGCCUAAUUUGUGCUGAAGGACAAUACUUAAGUGAAACUGAAUGUCUUCCAUGUCUUUAAUAUUGUAAAGUUUGUAAUUAAAAAAAUGUAUGUUCUGAAUGCUAUCCAGGAUUCAAAAUAGAUAAUGGUUUAUGCAAAAAAGUACCACCAGGACCGUCUUGUGACACUGAAAAAUGUCCCGACGGCUUUUACAGAAUUUAUGAAUAUCCAUUUGAAUGUCUUCCCUGUCAUGUUUCAUGCUCUAAAUGUUUAGCUGGUUCAAAUAAUGAUUGUACAGAAUGCAAAGAUCCCUAAAUCUAUGAACUCCAAAACGGUUUUUGUCUUCAAAAAAUAACUGAAGAACCUCCAAUGUUUUUAGAUUAAGAAGGUUCCGAAAUAUCCUGUUUUUUUACCUGUUCUAAAUGUUCUGACAAUUCUGAAAACUGCGACGAAUGUAAACCUGAUAUGAAUUAUUAUAUUAAAAAUGGCCUUAAAUUCAACUGUUAUUCAGAAUGUCCUAAUGGUUAUAUACCAGAAUCAGAUUCUUCCUCAAGUAAAUAAAUCUAAUGUAUAUUAGACUUAAAUGCAUAAAGUGAAUAAAAAUAAUGCCCUUAUUCUUAGUAUUUAGACCCUUCAACUUAAUCAUGUGCUUCUUGUAAAGACAAUUGUUUAAAUUGUAAUGUUUUGAAUUAAUGUGAUGAAUGUUCUUUGGGCUAUUUUUGGAACAUUGAAGCCGAAGAAUGUGAGGCUUGUCAUUUUUCUUGUAAAAAAUGUAAUGGAAAUUUAUUUUCGGACUGUCUUCUAUGCUCGAACCCAAACCAAUUAUACCCAAAUGAAAAUGGAGUCUGUGAAAAUUCAUCUAGUUCAACACAAGUUUUCGAAGGCGAAUAAAUAAAGGCAGAACAAGACGAAAUUUUCGCAAAAUUAGCUACUUGUGAAUAUUAAAAAGUCGAAGGAUUUAAAUAUAGUGUAGACUUUGAACAAAUAUUUACUUAACAAAACCCUUAAUGGUCCUAAGUAAGUCUUGUAAAAGAAUCAUAAUGCAAAACAGAAUUUUUCAAGCAAAAAUUUCCUGCUUUAACCAUUUUUUUAUCUACUUGUAAAGACCAAGAUUUACAAAGAUCCUUUUUAAUUGGAUAAUAAGGCCAAAUAAGUACUAUUGUAAGCAUAAUUUUGAACUAUUAUGAUGUUCUUAUAGAUGGAAAAAAGGUGAAUCCAGGAAAUUUUGUAAGUUUUGCAAAAAUAAAAGAUUACUUUAGAAUUUAUUACAUAAAAUAAGUAUCUAUUGAUUCAGAUAAUGAGAACAAAUGUAAUUAGUUUGUAUGUGAAGGUAUAAUUGAUUUAAAUUAGGAAGAAUUCUAAACUUCUAAAGGCACGAAAAUUUUGAUUAAAGAAAAGUUGAAUUUAGACUUAGAAGUUAGUUGUUAUGAUGAAGAGUAGAAAAUUACUGAAUUUAAGCUAAAAGAAGUUGAGAAAGCUGUUUUUGGAGCAAAUUAAUCUAUAAAAACAAAUACUUAAUAAUUCUUAAUCUUUUAAAUUUGCGCUAAGGAUAUUACUACAGGAAAAUAAAUCCUUUUAGAAGCACUUGUUUAAAAAUACAUAGGAAGUGGAUUCUAUGAAGAUAUAAAAGAAAGUAUUUGGUGUUAAAUUAAUGAAGACAGAUGCCAAAAAGCUUAUUAAAUUAUUUAAGGUUGUAUUUGA